AGCCCCCUUCGACUAUAUUGAAGAGCGAGCCAAUCUUUUGAAGCUCAAGGGCUAGAGACAGACUCGCAACUCAUUCCCCACAACUUCGACGAGACCUGUAGAAAUCCGCCAUAAACAAUCAACGACAACAAGCAGAACAAUGUCUACAGCCGAUGCCUCUCGUUAUUCUCUGGGCUCCCUCUUCUCUGUCGAGGGAUCCGUGGUCGUGAUCACUGGGGGUGGGACGGGAAUCGGUCGAAUGAUCACCACGGCUUUUGCUAUGAACGGAGCCAAGGUCUACAUCACAGGCAGGAGGUCGGAAGUCCUAGAAAAGACCUCCAGGGAGAUCAACGAGAUGGUCAAUGGCAAAGGCAGUGUCGUUCCCAUACAGGGUGAUGUCAGCUCCAAAGCGACCGUCAAGGAGUUCUACAACAAGGUAGCUGAGAAGGAGAACCGUAUCGACACCUUGAUCAAUUGUGCAGGAAUUUCGAAGCCUUGGCGCAAGCCGACUACUGAGCUUACUAAUGUACCCCAGGUUCAGGAUAUGCUAGACAGCGUCGAAGACGAGGACUUUUCCACCUCUCACUCGAUCAACGUUGCCGGUCCUUAUUUCACAACCAUCGCCUUUGCGCCGCUUUUGGCCAAGUCCGAAAACGCCAGCGUGAUCAUCAUCGCCUCAAUCGCUCCGUUCGUUCAGCAAAAGUCGGUAGGCCCGAUCACUUAUUCGGUCAGCAAAGGAGGUGCCGUCACCUUGUCUCAUCAGUUGGCCUCUCGUCUAAUCCCGUACAAGAUCCGUGUCAACUGUCUCUGUCCGGGCAUCUUCCCCAGCGAGAUGACAGGCGAUGGUACCAAUGUAAACCCCGCUAUCAAGGCCCUUCUUCCUACGAUCCCCAAAGGUCGAGAGGGCAAGGCGGAAGAGAUAGCCGGACCUUGCGUCAUGCUCGCAUCGCCCGCGGGAGCCUAUAUGAACAAUGCUGUAUUGACGAUUGACGGUGGUCGUCUGAUGACCUGCUAGUUCAAGUGAGACAAAUCAACCCGUCCUGGGUACCAUAUGAAAGGGGUUUUGCGAGGGCGAAGUGCGAAUGAGAUCGUCGCUUACAAGCGCGUCAGCCAAGCGCGUGUCCCGCUCCAUCCCGGUCGAUUCCCUAGGAAGACGCCAUUUGUAUCCAGUUCG